AUGCCUAUCUCCAAAUCCACCAUAGACGAAAAGAAGAUCAUGCUUCCGCCCGGCGUUUACACGCCUGUCAUCUCCCUUUACAAACCUACAAAAACUCAGGAAAUUGACCUCGAAGCAAUGUACAAACACUGCCAAUAUCUCGUUCGUGCCGGCCAACACGGCCUUGUUUAUCAAGGCACAAAUGGCGAAGCAGUUCUCCUCUCACGUUCUGAAAAAAUUUCCAUUCUCCAAACCGCCCGUCGCGCUGUCACCGAUCUUGGUUUUCCCAACUAUCCCUUGGUCGCAGGUAUAAGCGGACAAAGCACGAAUGAAAGCAUUGAGUUGGCGCAAGACGCCAGAGAUGCCGGUGCCUCCUUUGGUCUACUACUCCCACCUAGUUUCUGGGCCAAAUCCCUUACUGAAGAUGCACUGCUGGGGUUCUACAGAGACGUUGCUGACGCGAGCUCACUUCCUAUUGUUAUCUACAACUUCCCCGCUGUAACCUCUGGCGUGGACCUGAAUUCUGAUGAUCUCGCCGCUUUGGCACAACACCCAAACAUUGUCGCCGUGAAGCUGACAUGUGGAAAUGUCGGCAAAGCGAUCCGCCUCACUUCACGCUUCUCGCCCGCUCAAUUCUCUGUGUACGGCGGCUCAUCGGAUUUUCUAUUCCCCACUCUCGAGGGAGGCGGCGUUGGGUGUGUGACAGGGAUGGGGAAUGUGUUUCCAAAAUCUACAGCGAGAGUGUAUGAUUUGUGGAUGGAAGGCAAGAAAGAGGAAGCUAGGGCAUUACAGAAUGUAGUGGCCAAUGCAGAGUGGGCCUGCAAGAAGAGUUUGGCGCUGACAAAGUUUGCUGCAGGGCAUUUUCUAGGUUCGAAAUUAGGGAUCAAGAGCGAAGCGUUCUGGCCAAGACGUCCGUAUCUGCCUCCAGGGGAAAAGAUAAGGGAGUGGACAGUUGAUGUCAUGGGGGUGUUGGAAGCAGAGGAGAAUUCUAUCGAAGAAAGAUGA